UCCACUGGACGUGUACCUUGCGCGUUGAUCUUGUAGCCGAGGUACUCGACCUCGCAGGCACCGAAGGUGCAUUUGGAUAAAUUAAUAGUGAGGCCGAAUUUGCGUAACCUCUCAAAUAACGUGCGAAGGUGCCUUGUGUGCUCCUCCGGCGUUGACGACGCUACCGUGUUACAACAAACUGACACUAGAGAGCGCAUCGAGCGUAGAUUUGAAAAAAAGUAUCAAUAAUAUUUAUUGAUGACGUUUCUAUGUAUAAUUAUUAAGUUUUGCAUUAUCAUAAUUUAUUGAUAAUAAAUUUCUAUUUUUAUCAUUAUCACAAAAGUAAAUAUUAUAAUAAAUCUAUAAUGUUUUAUUUAUUUUAUUCUGUUAUGUCUUUUUUAUAUUUUUGUAUAUAAAAUAAUAUACAAGUACCACACACGUGAACAAAACACGUGGUUUUGUAUUUGAAUAUAUAAAUAAAGAAUUUAAUUAACAAAAAAUAAAAUAAUCAACAAGAUGUUGUACAUGAUCGGCUUAGGAUUAGGCGAUGCUAAAGAUAUUACUGUUAAAGGUCUUGAAAUAAUAAGAAAAUGUAGUCGUGUGUAUUUGGAAUCUUAUACAUCAAUUCUUUCUGUGAAUCAAAAAACUUUGGAAGAUUUUUAUGGUUGUUCUUUGAUCAUCGCAGACCGUGACUUAGUAGAAAGUGAUGCAGAUUCAAUACUGUCAAAUGUGGAGAACGAAGAAAUUGCAUUUUUAGUUGUUGGAGAUCCAUUCGGUGCAACAACGCAUACAGAUUUGGUAUUACGUGCACAAGAGAAAGGUGCUAAGGUACAAGUAAUCCACAAUGCAUCAAUUUUAAGCGCCAUAGGUUGUUGCGGUUUACAAUUAUAUUCUUUUGGAGAAACUGUAUCUAUUCCAUAUUGGACAGAAACAUGGCAACCUGAUAGUUUCUAUGAUAAAAUUGCAUCUAAUAGAAAAAGAGGUUUGCAUACGUUAUGUCUGUUAGAUAUCAAAGUAAAAGAACCUACAUUGGAGAGUAUUUUAAGUAAAAAGAAAGUAUAUAUGCCACCAAAAUUUAUGACAGUUGCUGAAGCAUCUGAUCAGUUAUCUUCUAUAUUAGAGAAAAAGAAAAAGGAUACCGAUGAAAAUUUAGCUUUUACAGAAAACAGUCUAGUGGUAGGAUUAGCUAGAAUAGGAUCGGACGAUCAGAAUAUAAUUGCCUGUUCAUUGCAAGAAAUGAAGAAAAUUGAUCUUGGAAAACCUCUACAUUCUUUAAUAAUUCCUGCUGAGAAACUACAUCCUCUUGAAAUUAAUUUCUUACGACAAUAUGCUAUUGAUAAGAUUCAAUUUGACGAAUCGGUAGCUCCUUGCUAAAUGUAUUAUUAAAAAUGAAUAAAAUAUUUAUAUAUCGA